AUGGUAUCACCAAAGUUGGUGGUAGGUACCAAAAAUUGGCCUCUAAGGACAUCGACAGUCACUAGCACGAUACUUCGACUAUCUACUAUUACAGCAAAGGUAGCUGCUACUACGGCAACAGUAGUUGCUACUACAGCGAUAGAAGCUGCUACGACAGCAACGAACACAGCAAAUGAAACGGCGAAUGAAAUGGGCUCGAAUCAGGGGAUCAUUGCGGGAAUAUUCCAAGGGGCAGAUAAACUCUUCUGGAGGGCAUUCAUAAUUGCAUCGACAUUCUCACUCAUAUACUACAUUGUAAGACGAAAGGAGUUACUAGAGUAUGAAGAAGUGGAGCAUGCAGAGGAUGAUAUGGUGAAUAUCCCAUGGGAAACAAAAGACUGGAACACACUCUACGGACUGCUUGGAAUGGCAUUCGAGGACGAAACCAUGUACACGCCCAUCCGCCGCGAGUACAUCCGAUCAAUCCAGAAGCGAUUCAAACAACGACCGCAACUACGCAUGCUGCUUGAGAAAGGCAUCGUGCCCCUAUUCAUCCAGGACGGCGGAGUCUCAACCAUACAGACCAGAUAUUGGAGCUGGAACACAGAGUUCCCGUACGUCAAGCUCGCGUACUUUGAACAGGCCAAGAGACGGGCCUGUUUCGAGUUCAUACUCCCACACCCGCGACGGAAAAACGCGGUUCAAUUUGAAAAAAAUCUCAGCGAGAGUAAAUGGGACUACGGAGUACAACGACGUGAGUGCCUUCAGGACCAGCGUCGGGAUUCAAUUGGCUCUGAGUCAAAUCUGGCUGCACCUUAUCCGGGUGUCCCACUCUCGGUUGGAGCAGAAUCGGCAUUAGAGCCCCUGUUACCAAUAAUGCCGGACAAGCCCCUGAACACUGAGCGUUCAGAAAUAGUUAAUGGGCUUAGGUGGUACAUGAAAAAUGGAGAUUCGGAGGGUAUACCACUGCUGUACUUCACCGAACUGUGCAUAAUUCGAGUUGAGGCUGGGCACUGGGGUCCUGCUGAAUUGGACAGCUUUGUCCUUGGUUGUGCAGAGGAGGCAGAUAUGCAAUAUCGUUGGCGGGCGGACGAAGUGCGAAAGCAAGCAAUUAGGGAGCUUGGAAAACCGCGGUUUACGAACGAUGUGGUUGAAAGAGAGGGGUUGACCAACGAGGUGGUUGAAAGACUGGAGUUGCUGAAUGAGGUGGAUUGGACCAGAUAUAUUUAG